UCCUCAAGUGUCCGACAUAUCUGUUCGCCAAACAGUUCGCCAUAACUGUGAAGGAGUGGCAAAGGGUUUACUUUUAUGAACUCCUUUACGGAAGUAAAAGAUUUUCCCAAAUCAUUGGUUGCGAUCAGAAAACUGAAGGAAUCUGUCAUGCGGAGGACAUACCGUUUGUAUUUGGUUUACCCUAUAUUCAUGAGAAAGACUACGAACCCGAGGAUAUGUUUUUCAGCCGAGAGGUCAUGAAAAUGUGGACUAAGUUUGCAAAAGACGGACACCAGGACGAGGAAUGGCCACAAUUACUGAAUAACGAUGGCGUGGAUGGCGUUCCCCUUGUGAAAGGUCUGGACCCGACAAAUAUGACACUCGUAUUGAGUGAUCCCUUUCACCGCACAUGUGAUGGCAUUUGGAGCACA